CGCAAACGACUGCGAGCGCUCCAGUCGUCAAGCAUGAGCUCUUUCUUCCUACUGACAAAUAACGGUUCCUUUGCGUCACCACCCCAUCGCAUGCAGCAAAUCAGAGCACGCCCUCCUCCCAAUCCCCGCGAUCAGGAGAGGCGCAAACCUCUUCGGCCACUGGAAACCAGGUCACACGCGGGCUGCGCUCGAGUGUUCAGUCCAAUCCGCUAGUAGGAUCUCCCCUUGAUCAGAACGAUGCCACAGCUUUUGCGAAUGCAUCGAGGACAACUCGCGUACGCGAUAAGGAACUGAAAUCGGGGUCGUUCAAUAAAAAGGCUACCUAUCCUACUUAGAGAAGUAUCCCCAUGUGGUCCGGCUGGAGGGAGGUACGUGGGUUGAGCUAUCUUGUGGUAUCUGCCAGACGAACGCAGCCUCUCACCGCGACGUUCCUUACGAGUAUCUCAAAGGCAUAGAUGGCUUCAAACGCCACCUGUCGGCAAAGCAUAGGUUGAAGAUGGAUACCUACGAAGUGGUGGAAUCUUGCAAAAAUCGGGAUUUCACCGCCGACGAAAUCAACGCCUUGUUGAAGGGUCUUACUGGUGCUCCCACUAUGCAGUUAACAGCCGGAACUAAUUCUGACAAUCCCUUGAUCAACAACGAUAACGAAAAUGGGCCUCUAGAAUAUGGAUCGGGCGAGCAAGAAGCUUUGGAGAAUGGCGAAGACGACUCUUCGUCGCGAGAUGAUGACGACUAUAUGGAGAGAACUCCUGUAAGGAGACAGCGUUUGGGUGGAGAGAUGGCUUCAGCAGACCAACUCUUGACGACAAUCUUCCCCACCAUCAUCAAGCGAGCUGAUGGCACCUACGUGGAACUUUCAUGCAGCAUAUGCGGCUGUAACUCGAUUAAGCGAUCCGAAACUAACAUAUCCCCGUUCAAGGGCGAGGCUGGGUUUAGGGGGCAUAUUGCAGCGCAGCACAACGACAAGUGGCAUGAGGCUUUGGAAUCCGUGGACCAUGGAGCAAACGGGGUCCCAAAUCAGAGUGCCACUUUGCGGUUGUCUAAUCAGCGUGAACUGCCCCCUGCUGAGGUCGACAGUAUCAAAGGGAAUGGACGAGAGGGAUAUAAAGUCUCGUAUAAGUCGACCUUGGUGGGCUGGAAGAAACGUGCUUCGGCUGUUGAAGACUCGGAGUCUUCAACAAAUAAGCGGACUGUCGGAGGUGGCAAUCGUCACGGGUCCGAUUCGGAACAACAGCAAUCCUCCCCCGGAGAUGUGAUGGGCCCAGGGAAUCAACACCAAGAUAUGUACACGCGUAGUUCUUCGACUGUCUUAAGCAGCAUCCCAGUCAGAACGUCUAGCACUCCGAAGCUGGCAAUUCCAGAGGCGACAGACGUGGAAGAGGUCUGCCCCUGCAACGUCUGCGGGCAUGAGUGUAAAGUUCUGUCUGAUGGAUGUUCGCUUCCAAAGCUAUGUCUUCAACGUCGCUAUGGAGACGACUGCCACCCUCUCGAGCAACGCGGCUUGCGUCCGACCUGUUUGAAUUACCUAUACACGCAGCCAUGCGGUGAUAUACUUGACGGAAAGUGCGAUUUUGGUCAUGACCGUGUUGAAGAGAGGAGACGCCUCCUUGGCCCGGGACACCCUUGCAAGCACCAUUAGUUUGGCUGCACGCAUGGCCGUAAGCUCGGAAUUGGCCUUCCUCUAUACUAAGAGGUAGGUUGUGUAGUUUGUGGGGUGAAAAUUGGCUUUUGCAUAAAAUCCAGUUCUGGGUCCUUCGCUCGAAUGCUCUUUUUUCUUAUGAGGACUGAGCCUUUGAUGUAUGUACACUAGCCAAAUCCAAAAUGAUGUCUCUUCUCU